ACAGCGAAGAUGGCGGAUUCGCUGUGUGGCGGGAUGUCAGACGAAAAAGAUCCUGAAAAUGACGACCAGAAAGGGGUAAAAUGUUCCUGGGCUGCUGCGGCUAUAUCGAGUAAGACAAACGUCUCUGGGUCGGCGGCGAAAAUGACGGAAACUCUUGGAUUUUAUGAGAAACCUGCCGUUAAAGACGAGCAUCAUGAGCAUUCAGACUCGGAUGACACUGAUGAGCCGUCUCUGCUGAGGUUCAUGUGUGCAGAGCUCACCAGGGGCUACUUCCUGGAGCACAAUGAGGCCAAAUACACUGAGCGGAGGGAAAGGGUGUACACCUGCAUGAGGAUCCCCAGAGAGCUGGAGAGGCUGAUGAUCUUCGGGAUCUUUCUGUGUCUGGAUGCCUUUCUGUACGUGUUCACCCUGCUGCCCCUGAGAACUUUACUGGCCUUUCUGAGAUUGCUGACGAUACCCUGCUGCGGCCUUGGCGCUAAUGUUUGCCCUUAUUGCAGACGGAGCAGUGGCUCUCGGUUCCUGCAGCCGGCUCAGGUGUGUGACCUGCUGAAAGGUUUGAUAAUGGUGCUUUGUUACUCCAUGAUGCACUAUGUUGACUAUGCCAUGAUGUACCACCUGAUCCGUGGCCAGUCUGUCAUCAAACUCUACAUUAUCUACAACAUGCUAGAGGUGGCAGACCGUCUCUUCUCAUCAUUUGGACAAGACAUUCUAGAUGCUCUCUACUGGACAGCCACUGAGCCAAAGUCAAGAAAGAGAGCCCACAUUGGAGUGAUUCCUCAUUUUUUCAUGGCUGUCUUCUAUGUCUUUCUGCAUGCCAUUCUCAUCAUGGUCCAGGCCUCUACACUAAAUGUGGCCUUCAACUCGCAUAACAAAUCUCUGCUCACCAUUAUGAUGUCCAACAAUUUUGUGGAAAUCAAGGGAAGUGUGUUCAAGAAGUUUGAGAAGAACAACCUCUUUCAGAUGUCCAACAGUGAUAUCAAGGAGCGCUUUACCAAUUACGUAUUGCUUCUCAUUGUGUGCCUGAGGAACAUGGAGCAGUUUUCCUGGAACUCAGAUCACCUCUGGGUGCUGCUUCCCGACGUCUUCAUGGUGAUCUUGUCUGAGGUUGCGGUUGACGUCGUCAAGCACGCCUUCAUCACUAAAUUCAAUGACAUCACAGCUGAUGUCUAUAGUGAAUAUAAAGCCAGCUUGGCCUUUGAACUUGUCAGCAGUCGACAACAGAAUGCCUACACAGACUACAGCGAUUCAGUGGCAAGACGGAUGGGCUUCAUUCCUUUGCCUCUUGCUGUACUGUUGAUUCGAGUGGUGAUGAGCUCAAUGAAGAUCCAGGGUGCUCUCUCAUCUGUCUGUCUGCUCCUCUUUUAUCUUGGAUUGAUAACACUGAAAGUGUUAAAUAGCAUAGUUAUUCUGGGCAAGUCCUGUCGCUAUGUGAAGGAAGCUAACAUGGAGGGUAAGCUGUUUGAAAGACCAACACCUCAAACCUCAAAACAAACUCCCAAGAAAGCCAAACCAGCCAAAUCUCCUCCACCCUCAGCUGAACCUAAAGUGCAGCGACCCUCCACCUCCAUCACCAAGCAGCCGAGCCCAAGAGCGAAGCCUUUUCCCCCAACACCACCUCCUGUAACUGAGGUGACCAGUGAUCCGCCCCCAGAUUCUCCUCCUAAACCAGAGGAGAGCAGCAGCGAGACGCCACAAUCCACUGAACUGAAACACAGAACCACCAAAAAAGAUCUGUUGGAGAUCGACCGCUUCACAAUAUGCGGCAACCGAAUCGGGUGAACUUUAACCCCUUCACCAUAGUAACUGCUCAGGAACGAAAGUGGAGAAGACUCAGAGUCUGAGUCCGACAUAAUUGCAAAGGCUUUCGAGCGAGUUCUUCAGAGGUUGCUAACUGGAAUAACUGGAAAAUUACUCGUUUUGCCGUCCUCUCUGCUUCUAUUUCUGUGGAAUUCUUCUAUCAAAGGAAGCAAAUUGUUUGCAUAAAUCAUUCGAAACAAAAAGUCUAUUCGCCUUCAGCAGCCAGGCAUAUCACAUUGUGUAGAAUCUAAGUUGCUUUAGGAGGUGUUUCCCAUGAUUUUAUGAAAACAUCCUGAACAUUAAAUGAGGCAUUAACUUUUUACAAACUAAACCUUUCCCACUUGAAAUUUGUGAUUGAAUGGAAACUAAAAAGCAUAAAUAUAUUUAGUUUUUAAACUAAAAAGAGUACAACUGAUUCAAAUAAAUAGAUAAAGUUGUAUAUAUUCACACACUUUUGGCUUAGAAUAAUAUGCUAAAUGGGUUUGCCAAUAAUGCUGCCAUUAGAUUUGAUCAGUCUAGCAACUAUUUGUUUUUAGGACUUGGAAAGGUGUUAUUUAAGUCUGUAUUAUAACAGUCUUUUCAUUAUCUUCUCAAAAGUUUCUUCAAAACUCAUGACUGACAGAAAGGGAAGGUUUGGCUAAUCUAAUGCCAGGCUGCUUGAUAAUUCAGCUCUGUAUAAAAUACAUGGUGCCAAUCCAGCUGACUUAACUUUGCACUGAUCUACCACGUUGUCUUAAGCUGUACAGAGUAUUUUUGUUUCUCAGUAUGAUAUUUACAUGUUUACACCAGCUAUGAAAGAGCAAAUACCUAUUUCAAAUGAAGUGUAACAAAACGAGUGUUUUUUGAAUACACAUUGUUAGUGUAUUUUGAAAUUCAAAUCAUCUGUGACCAAUCAUAUCCUGAGAGACUAUUGUUUGAUAUAAUUAAUAUUGCGUUGUUUUAAAUGUAAUUAAAUUAUUAUCCAGUAAUUAAUAGUUCAAUAUCAUGUUUGUACAGUUUUAUAAUGUUGCUUAGAAGUUGAUUUUGCGGUGAGGAAAGUCGAAUGUCAAUUAAGUCUGUACAGCCUUGGAUAUUCCGUCAUUCUCUUUUGACUGAAAUUGUUUUAUGAGAAUACCUUGUUCCUGCCAUGUUCUGAAAUGUGCAUUUGCAUUUCAGUAUGUUGUAUUUCGUUUCUAAUGUUUUUGGAAAGAUUCUAAACAGGGUUGCACAGGUUGUCGUCCUUACAGUGUAUUCUCUCUUUUUUUUUUUCUUUUUUUUUAAAAAGUACCAUAAUGCUUAAAAGUAGUUUCAUAUGUAAAUGUUGAAGACUAAACCAUUGUUUUUAUGUAGUUCCAGCAAAUAAAAGUUGUU